AAUUGCGUCACGAUAGUAGAGUGGAUUGUCGUCUGUGAGAAUGGCGUUCUAGAAUAAAGCUCGUUGCCUUUGUUUUUGUGUCACCCUAGUAUCUAAGAUGGGCUCCAGUCUGUGUUCGUGCACCUGCUGCGUGACCAUUUCCGCGGAUGAGAUCGGGGUGGUCGAGUACUUCAAUAAGUUCAACCGGCUGCAGCCGCCCGGCCUGGCCUGCUUCCCCGUGCCCUGCAUGUGCCAACUGGCCGGGACGCUGUCCACGCGGCAGAUGGGCCUGACGCUGGACUGCGAGGCGAAGACGAAGGACAAUGUGUUUGUGCACAUCAGGCUCGAGGUGCAGUACCUGGUCGACCGGUUACGAGCGGCCGACGCGUUCUACAAGUUCACCAACGUCAGGCAGCAGAUCGGGAGUUACGUGAAAGACGAAGUGAGAUCCGUGAUUUGCACGCGGAUGCUCGACGAGGUGUUCAACGACCGAGACGUGCUGAUUGCCGCCGUCCGCGCGCGCCUAACGCAGGUGAUGACGAGCUACGGCUACCAGCUGGUCGCAGUUCUAGUGCAGGAAAUCAUGCCCGCCGCGAAGGUCUUCCAAGCGAUGAACCAAAUCGAAACCUUACGCCGGCUGCGACAAGCGACGACCGACCAAGCAGAAGCGGAGAAAAUGCUGGUGGUGAAACGGGCCGAGGGCGAGUCGGAGCGCAAGCGGUUGUUGGGCGUCGGCAUGGGGCGGCAGCGGGUGGCUUUGCUGCGCGGCAUGGAGAUGUCCAUGCAUAAACUGUUAGAAACGGACGAAAGCGAGCUGAAAAGAAAACUAGAUUUGGUGCACGCGCAAAGGGUGAAAACGUUCGAGCGGGAACAUGCGGCGAUAAGAGACGUGGACUCGGCGAUCGCGGAGAGCGAGGGGUCGCCGACGGCGGAGGGCAGUGCUUCAGGGGAAUUAGUUUUGGUAGACCCAGCGGUGGCAAGUAACAACUCCGGGUCAAGACCUAGGUUUUCCAGAAGGUAUAAGAAAGUCUGUUUUGAGGAAGUAGGAAGCGCGUCGUUUUUGGUCCGCAUGGUGCCACUACAGUUUUUUGAAUAGCUACUCAAGUUCACCAAGAAUUUCCGUUAUUCAUAUCAGGGCGACGAUGGAAAUUCGGACCGAGGCGCGAGACGACGUGGCGGCGCACGCACUGCUGCAUGACGCGAAUGAGCUGCGUAUGCCGACCGAUGUGGGGGUGGAAAACACGGACUCUUUAUUCCCACCAGAAGCGUUGACACACCCGGAUCUCAUAGAAAUCGGGAACAAGGCGGAGUCCAGGCUGAAGUAUUGAUAAUGUUGUAGCCGGUUGCUGCGUUUGUAGAUUGUGACGAUGCGGCCUUUGCAUGAAAAAUCCGUAAAGACAAGAAACAAGUACUUUGUGCAAUUUCUAUCACAGGGUGUCCGCCAGCGACGUGAUGGAGCUGUUGCUGAUUGUCAAUUACUUUGACAUGCUGAAAGAAGUCGGGACCAACGACAGCGCGUCGACGAUAUAUGUGGGGCACAAUCCGGGAACCAUCGUCGGCAUGCGGGCAGAAAUACAUGACACAUUUGCAGCUACUGCAGAAGGAGGGAGGAAAAGAAAGAAGUGACUGGUUUAUGGAAAGAGAAGGGUUCGGCGCAGCGCCAAUCCUAUUGAAUUCACGCUGAAUCCAAUCACGUAAUUGCAAAUAGACACUGCUGCGGUUUGUUUCCACCAUCAGAUCGGAAAGAAGACGACGCUCUUGCGAUGAGGUAUCAAUCUAUUGUAAUCUAAGCUGUACCAGCGCGAGUUGGUGCGUACAUACUUA